AUGCGUUUUCUUACCGUCGUCGUGCCUGUCCUGGCCGUCUUCGCGGCUGCCGCGGCAGCGGCGUCUGGUACCGAUUCUGGCAUAAUGAACGCUUUGGAGGCACGCCCAGACGACUGUGGUACGAAUGGCGUCGCUGGGGGCCAAUGCGCCGAGGCCUUUGAGCAGAGCGAUUGCAAUGGCCCCCGGGUGAACUUCAUCAAACCCGACUGCUCGCAAACUUGCAAUAAGGUCGCCGAGAAGCGCGUCAGCAGUCUCAGAGUCUCUGGCGACGGGAACGUCGGCAGCACUGUAACGUGCUACAUGUACUCCGAUGACAGUUGCAAUGCGGAGCCUGACGACGACGACAAGUGGUUGAAAUAG